UGCGCACGGAAGCGGCCAUUCGCUCAUUCUUCGUUCUCGCGCGAGGUCGCAGGUUGCUCUCCAUCGCUGCCGCGCGUUGCCCUUUUACCUCUUCGUUCAUGUGCAAACUACUCCUCACCCACCUCAAGAAGCCGCCCCGAACCCCCUCGGGACGCUGUUCCCCCCACCCCUGGGUCCGCAAGCUCGCCGACUCCGUCGUCCGGGUUCUGCUCACCCGCAAGGCCGACCUCCGAUGGGAGCAAACCCUCGAAGAGAUGUUGUCCAGCCACGCCGAGGAGGAAUACAUGGCCCCGAUCAUCGCUCGCAUCCGCGACCCCGACGCCGCCCUCGACUUCUUCGACUGGGCUCGCCGCCGCCGCCCCAGCUGGGCCGACCCCCCAGACUCCCUCUCUUACUCGGAGCUCCUGCGCCUCCUCGCCUGGCCCGGUCGCCUUCCCGAGGCCGGUCUCGUGCUCGACGCGAUGAGGAGCGACGGGCGCACACCGACCCGCGAAGCCUCCAGCGCUCUCCUCGUCGCUUAUGCCGAUUCCGGCGCAGAGGAGAAGGCUUUGGAUGUCUACGCGAGUAUGAGGGAUCGAGACGGAUGUUUUCCUGAUGUUUCUGGUUGCAACAGUUUGUUGGAGUUGCUCGUGAGACAGCGGCAUUAUGAAUUGGCUCGUAAAGUGUACGACGAAAUGGUUGAAAGAGAGGGCGGGGCUGAUAACUACAGCACUGGUAUAGUGGUGAGGGGUUUGUGCUCGGAAGGGAGGAUGGAUGAGGCCAAGAGGUCGAUCGAGGAUAGAUGGGGCGCAGGGUGCAUUCCGAAUGUUGUAUUCUACAACAUGCUUGUUGAUGGAUAUUGCAGGAAAGGCGACAUCAGGAGAGGAUAUGCACUAUUUGAAGAGAUGAAGUUGAGAGGAUUCUUGCCCACAGUAGUGUCAUACGGCAUUGUUAUUCAUGGAUUAUGCAUGAAAGGGAACAUUGCUGAGAUAAAUAGGUUGAUUUCGGAAAUGAAAGCCCGUGGAUUGCAACCAAAUGUGCAAAUUUACAAUGAUGUGAUUGAUUCUCGGUGUAAGCAUGGUUCUAUUGUUGAAGCAAAAGCGGUGCUGAGGCAAAUGAUUGGAAGUGGAUGUGAACCUGAUAUCAUUACAUAUAACAUUUUGAUAGCUGGUUUUUGUCGAGAUGGGAAAGUGCCAGGAGCUCAGCAGCUACUGAGGGAGGCUAUUAGCAGGCGGUUGAGUCCAAAUAAAUUUAGCUACACGCCCAUCAUACAUGGAUAUUGCCAAAUAGGAGAUGUUGUUACUGCAUCAAAUUUGCUUGUCGAGAUGAUAGAGAGAGGUCAUAGUCCUGACUUGGUAACUUAUGGAGCUCUGAUUCAUGGGCUUGUUGUCUUGGGCGAGGUAAAUGAUGCCUUAGAAAUUAGAAAGAAAAUGAUGGAGAAGGGAGUGCUCCCAGAUGCAGCAAUAUAUAAUGUCCUAAUCAGUGGCCUUUGCAAGAAAGGGAUGCUUCCCUCUGCAAAGAAGCUAGUUGCUGAGAUGCUUGAUCAAAAUGUCAUCCUGGAUGAAUUUGUUUAUGCCACGCUUGUUGAUGGAUUUAUCAGAAAUGAGGAUCUCAAUGAGGCAAAGAAGGUUUUUGAAUUCAUGGAUCAGAAAGGCAUUAAGCGUGGGAUUGUUGGUUAUAAUGCCAUGAUCAAAGGUUACUGCAAAUUUGGUAUGAUUCAUGAUGCAAUUUUAUGCAUCAGUAGAAUGAGGAAGGAUGGUUACCCCCCUGAUGAAUUCACAUACACAACAGUUAUUAAUGGUUAUGCGAGACAAGGUGACUUAGAUGGGGCUAUGAGAGUAUUCAUUGAUAUGAUGAAGCAUAGAUGCAAGCCCAACGUUGUCACGUAUUCUGCUCUAAUCAAUGGAUAUUGUCAGAUCGGAGACACAGAUACAGCAGAGGUCCUUUUCAAAUAUAUGCAGCGUAAUGAGAUCACCCCUAAUGUUGUUACAUAUAGCAUUCUUAUAGGAGGCUGUUGUAAAAAUCAUAGAAUGGCUAGAGCUAUUAUAUACUUUGAAGAAAUGCUGCAAUAUAAGUGCCUACCUAAUGACUUCACAUACCGUUACUUAAUUAAAGGGCUAACAGAUAGUAUUUCCAAUUGCGAGAUAAUUAAUAGCAAUGAUCUUCAACAUCGACACGAGUAUGCAACUUUAAAUAUCUACAAAAUUAUGGUUCUUGAAGGUUGGGAUCACAAGACUGCAGCAUAUAAUGCUAUCAUAUUUUGCCUUUGCAAACAUCGAAUGCUUAGAAGUGCAUUGGAGCUGAGAGAUAAAAUGAUUGAAAAAGGUUGUUUGCCUGAUCAUAUCACAGUUGUUUUCCUUCUCCAUGGGGCCUGUGCAGAAGGGAAGCUAGAAGAUUUGAAGAGCACUCUUUCUUGUCAUUUUCAGCAGAAUGAAUUUGAGGUGGCUCUUAAGUAUGCAAGACUUGUAGACGAGUACUUGUAUCAAGGAGAAAGAUCUGAAGCCUCCUUGAUCUUGGAGACAUUACUUGAAGACAGGGCACAAUCACCUGAAUUGGGCCACUGUGUGGCUCUUUCAUAUCAAAGAUAUCCUUGACCUUGGUCAAAUAGGGUGGUCACAGUGAACUUUUUGCCAUUAAGAGUUUCGAGGUAUAUUUCAAAUGAUGAAAAGAAUGUGAACGAAAAUGGGUAAUCGUUAUUGAAAAUCAUCUCAAAGUAGAAAAAAAAAGACUACCAUGGCUUUACACUACUUACCAAGGUCACUAGUCAACCAGUUGGAGAUGAGGUUGGAUUUCUGCCUUGUAUAGAAGAGAGAGAUAUCAGUUUGCUGAUCCAAAGAAAAAGAAGCUGCAUGUGAAUGGCUGGAAUCUGGAUAGCACUAGGUUCCUUAGUGGAAUUUGGUGGAAGUUCAUAUCAUGGAACAUUCUAUUACAUUCUCUCCAAGCCAUGACCAAGUUGCAAGUGUGUUGUGUUGGAUUGAGCCGACAAGGUGAGCCUGCAAUUUUUCUAAAGAAGUGGAAUUACUCGAUGCUCUAGUUGAUUAUAUUGGAGGCCUUCAAGCAUUCUGAAAGAUUUGAUGUUGAAGACUCUAAACCCCCUCAAGUCCCUAUGAUCCCAGUGGCGAUGCAAGAGAACCCUCCCUUCCCAUGAAGUAUAAAAAAAAAGUAGCUUCUGCUCAGUAGACCCACCUGUUUAAAAGACUAGCAUAUAACAGUGGAACCCGUUCAGCCAUUCAAUGAUUAGUGAUGCUGCAGGGAUUCAGACAACCAACCAAAGUAGCAAAAACAAUGUUGGUGAGUGGCACUGCACAAGAGAUGCCAGAAGGUGAUUCUGAAAACAAAAGCAAUGCCUCAACAUAUGCAAGACAUUAUAUUCAUAGUGAACAGGUGAUUGUGAUGAAGAUAAAGGAAUGAAGACAGUGAUGGGAUCCAUUGUGUUACAAAGAACUAGAGCUUUUCUUUCAGAUGUCUCUUCCUGAUACUUAACCAUUAAACCAUCAUCAACCUCACUGCUACAUGGAGUCAGUAGAUAAAAGUAGUAGUAGCAGCAGUCAAAGCUCCUAAUAGAAGGAUGAUCCUUGAUGCAGAGUUCAUUUUGAUCAUGAAAGCCUGAGAAACCUAAUAAGCCUCUUUUUCCUAGGGUAAGGGUCACAGAGUCAACUUUCUAAGUCAAACUUUAGACCAAAAUGGCCCACACCAAGACUACUAAACAAUACUGUGGUCCUUCAGUUCCCUAGUCUUUUCCCAUCAACAUCAUAACAUAUCCUCAGAGCACAGUCCUAUUACAUUGUUAGAGUUGUGAACACUACAUGCCAAUGUAUCAGUCCCUGUUGAAGUCUUUAUCAGCUAAGCUAACUGAUAUCUUCAAUCAAAGAGAUAGAUGAUGAGAAAUAUUUUUUAAGUUUGUUAUAUCAAUUUAACGUUUUUAGGGUUUAAGAUGUCGAUAUAUAAAGAUGAUAUUUCAUAAGUUUCUACAAUAACCAUUGUUGGCG